UGGGGCCUUUACCUAUUCCCUCUUCUGUCCCAGUUUCUUUUCCCUCCCAGUCGUCAUGUUCUCCUGUCCCUAUCCUCCCUCCACAUACGCCAUAUUUCCUACUCAUGCUCUUCGUCAUGUCGCCGUGCCUCAUUGCAGGAGACCACUGCUGCUCAUUCCUCCCGUCUUAUCAAAGCAUUUAGACCCUUUGAACCACUUGUGGUCGGCGGCUUUCGCCGCUUCUUCGCUUCUACUAGUACUGAUACCCAAACUAAUGACGCUAGCGAGGUUACUCAACAGCUGGUCCGCAUGGACCCUCCAGAAGUAGAUACUUUUAGAAGUGUUUCGAACUCUUGGUGGGAUUCCACAGGUAAUUGUGAGCGUUGUGCUGCUCUAAAUCGAAAUUGA